UAUGUUUUGUAAACAGUGUUAGAAAAUUUUAAGUCUUUUCAGUGCGUGAAAAAAGAGGGAAAAUUAAUGGAAAACUCACAAGAACUCAAGUUAUUGAGUGCCAAGGAUUUAGCGCAAAAGUCCACGGAAAAUACUCCAUCAAUCUCAUCAUACACACCUGGCUCAAAGAAAAACUCUCUAGAUAGAAGUGAUCAGGAAGUGGCAAAACUUGCGGAAUUACAUGAUAAUUUAAAAGAAGUCCUUUCACUGGAGCGUGUAGGUACAGAAAAUACCCGCAUAAUUGCUGAUUACAAUAGUACAACAGGCCAAAUUCGUUUGAGAAAAAUUUCCGGAACUUUACAAUCUUUUGGUCAGACAAAUGAGUUGAAUGAAACCUAUCUCGAACCAUAUGAGGCUCUAUAUCUUCUCGAGAUGAAUCGACUGAUUAUCUUUCAAAAUACCGUCGUUAUGUCCCUAGAGGAGGCAUAUGAAAUUUUUCUGAAUCACGAAUCCUUAUCCCUGGAAGAGUAUUUCAUCUUCUCCUUUCUCAAUAAAUUAGGCUACAUAGUUAAGAAGUUCAAUACAAACACUACUUACAAUGCAGAAAAAGUGUCUGAUAUUGAAUGCACAGAAUCUUCUUCUGGUUCUAAAAGGAAAAACAUCUCAAACGAGUGUGGGAUUUCCAAAAAACUGAAAGGAGAAAACUUAACGCAAAGCUAUACUAAAGGAAGCAUAAUUGAACAUCUUAUUGAUGAAGCAACCGAAGAGCAAUGCUCGGAAAACCUCAAAAGUUCAUUUGCCUCAUUUAGCAUUGUACAUUUAACCUCCGGAGGGAAUAAACUGACCACAGAAAAUAAUUUAACAGCUGGAAUGAGGAAAUUAUCAUACGCCUUUGACCUCUACAAUCCAAGGAAAAUCUUUAGAAAAUCCCAACCACCUCCUCCGGACUAUCGAGUAGUAUUUUCAAGAUUUGAUCAAGCUGGCCUGUCUCGAGAUGAAUUGAUGAACCUUCACGAGAGUCAUGAGCUGAAAUGCCCGAUAUUAGCCAUCUAUAUUGACGAUCAUCUAAAAAUUAGUGGAUUUUUGUACAAAUUUGCGUGAGUCAUUCUGAUCUACUUCUCAAAUAAAAUUGCUCCCUCAAUGAUCUUCCCGAAAAGGUCAAUAAUUUGAACUUUGAACCAUUAAACUACACAAAUUACCCGGAAAUUACACCAUAUCCAAUCAUCGAUAUAUUUGAUGAUUUAUAGAAAAUUUUAGUAAACCAAAAAAUAUUAAAAAUCUAAAAUAUUUUUUAAAGAAUUAAAUUUUAUUUUUAAUUUU